AUGCCGAAUGGUACAUAUGAUAAUAAAAUUUUAUUUGCGUACUAUUUCAUAUUACAAAAGUGUCAACACUAUUUGAUUGAUCAUAUGGAUGCUGAAUUCCUCGCCACUUCCAUAGAUUCCAUAUGGUCCGGAACAAAAUUUAAUAGUAAAGCAUUUAUCGGAUUUGCUACAUCUCAAAAUUGGAUUUCUGUACACGAUCGAUACAUCGUAACCGCCAUGAAAGCUGCCAAUGAAGAUGAAUUUUCAAUGGUACGAAAAAUGAAAGAACAAUUUUCAAAAAAGGUUAAUAAAUUUAUAAAUCGAGCCAAGAAAGCAGAUUCAUAUUCUCAAAAAUCCGAGGAAACCUUUGAUACCGAAUUAAAUUCAAUCAUUAAAAGAUAUAAAGAUGAAGAAACAACGCGUCUCACCAGUUAUGAGGUAGAUAAAAAGAAUGAGGAUUUAAGAAUUUCUAGAAAAUGGAUAUCCAAAUUUCAUGAGUUAACUCAAGAACGAGGAGUUUGGUCAUUAGGACGUCAUACUGAUGUUCAUUGGAGAUUAGAUCGAAGGGAAAAUUAUUUAAGGAUGCGACGAAAAUUGGCAAUUAAUUAUGAUUAUGAUCCACAUAAGGAUGCUAGCGCUAAGCGAGAUAAGACUCCGAUUGCUGAUUCUGCCUCUAAAUCAAAGCAUGUUAGUAUUUCUCGAAUAAAAAAAGCCGCCAUACCAGAAACAGGUCGAAAUGUUGGACCUAUAUUAAAUGCCGUAGAACCCUGGACAGAUUGUUGGGGAUUCGCGGGAUCUUCACUAGUUUCAGAAUGCGAAAGUUUGGAGUCAGAUGAUCAAGAAUGGAAUAUUGUUAAUGGAGAUGAAGUGGUAGAAACAGUUGACCUUUCAACUGAUUCACAUUUAUUUACGGUAGAAUGUGAAUUGAUAGUUCUUUUAUCAGUUAUCAAAGGUCGACUUGAGUUGACAUCGAAUCAUUUAUCUUUUCUGGUAGAUCGAAGAAAUUUAUUACAAGAACUUAAUAAUAUAGAACAAGGAUCAAUGGUAAUUGAUAGUGAAAUGUUACGAGAUAAAAAAUGGUCAAUUUUAGAAAUUCGAGAAAUUCAUAUGAGAAAAUAUUUAUUGAAACGAAGUGCAUUUGAACUAUUUUUAACGGAUUCAACAAAUUAUUUCUUUAAUUUUCCGGAUCCCAAAGAUCGAACGAGACUUUUUAAUAAAAUUACGACAUUAAAGCCAGCAUCAAUGUUAAAUCAAGAUACUCGAUCACCUAUUAAAAUAUUUGAACGAUCAAAUAUGACAGAACGAUGGAAAAGACAUGAAAUAUCGAAUUUUGAAUAUCUUAUGCACUUAAAUAGUAUGGCGGGAAGAUCAUUUAAUGAUUUAACACAAUAUUUUGUAUUUCCAUGGAUUUUAAGUGAUUAUGAAUCAGAAAAAUUAGAUUUAACUGAUCCCAAAAUAUAUCGAGAUUUAACAAAACCUAUUGGAGCAAUAAAUCCAGUAAGAUUAGAACAAUUUGUAGAAAGAUAUGAAAAUUUUGAUGAUCCAACAGGACGAAUAAAAAAAUUCCAUUACGGAACACAUUAUUCAAGUGCGGCGACGGUGGCAUGUUAUAUGAUUCGAAUGGAACCUUUUACGUCAGUACAUAUAUCAUUACAAGGAGGGAAAUUUGAUCAUGCGGAUCGACAAUUUCAUUCACUUCAUGAUACAUGGCUCUCAUGCCUUAAUGCUAGUGGAGAUGUAAGAGAAUUAAUUCCGGAAUUUUUUUAUCUUCCAGAAUUUUUGGUAAAUCAUAAUAAUUUUGAUAUUGGAGUUCGACAAGAUGGAGUACGAGUUAAUGAUGUAUUGUUACCUAAAUGGGCAAGAACUCCAGAAGAAUUUAUUCGAAUUCAUCGAGAAGCAUUAGAAUCAGAUUAUGUUUCAGCGAAUUUACAUCAUUGGAUAGAUCUUAUUUUUGGAUAUAAACAAAAAGGAGAAGCAGCAGUUAAAGCUCAUAAUGUAUUUUAUUAUUUAACAUAUGAAGGAGCAAUAAAUAUUGAUAGUAUAAAAGAUCCGGUAGAGAGAAAAAGUAUUGAACAACAAAUUUAUCAUUUUGGACAAACACCUACUCAAUUAGUGGCUGGACCUCAUGCUCAACGAUUAUUAAGUAAAGAUUUUCUUAAGAAAGAUCUUUUAAAUUCCAGUAGUAUUCAUCAAAGAUUUGUGGUAGAAUUAAAAUGUGAAACAUUACAAUUUGUGGAUUUACCAAAUCCUGAUAGUUUUGAAAGUUUUUCGUUAAUUGAUUCCCAAAAAAUUAUUGAUUCCCAAAAGAUUAUUAGUAUUGAUGAAAAUGGAAAAAUUGGAUGUCAUCAAGUAUUACAUAAAUCUAUGACUCGUGAUAUACCAUUCACUGUUGAAGUUGAUCCCGCACUUCAAUAUAAAAGUCAAUUUAGUACACCAUUUUGUUAUGAUGCAGUAAUUUCACCUCGAUGUUUUGCAUGUAGUAAAGAUGGUAAAGUAAUAUUGAGUGCCGGUCAUUGGGAUAAUACAUUUAAGGUAUCAAAUACCGAGACCGGAAGAACAGUUGGUUCGAUUUCUGGACAUCAAGAUAUUGUUACAGCAUUAGCAAUAAGUGAAGAUGGAAGAACCGUAGUAUCUGGAUCGAGAUGUUCUAAUUUAUUAUCAUGGAAAGUUGACCUCACACAUGAUAAUGAAUUUUUGAAGAUUGAACCUAUUCCAGUACAAGCAUUUUAUGAAGAACCUGGAGCAAGUGUUGAAUUUGUUUGCAUAACUAGUGACGCAAAUAUUGUUUUAUGCACAGAAUUAAAUGGAAAACAAUUUCUUCAUACUUAUAGUAUCAAUGGAAAAUUUUUGAAUUACAUAGAGAUAAAUGAAAAAUUGAAUCAUAUAAUUUCAUCUAAUGACAAGAAUUUAAUUAUUACAUCAAGCAAUAAAGGACGAAUAUACUUGUUACACGAUUAUGAAAUACCAUUAAUUGGUAGAAGUAUAAAAUUGAGUAGUAAUAAUCGUCAAUUAUGGAUUGGUGGUUGUGAUGGAAAACUUUUUAUAAUUUCAUAUAUAGAUGUUAAAAAUUAA